AAAGAAAAAGAUUCAGCAGAGGUGAAUCUAUUUUGGGUACGCUAUUCAAUAGCCGAAUGGCAGAAAAAAGUAAAGGAAGAUGAUCUUUAUCGUUGUCCAUUUACAAGCAUGCGGCAUGCCUUCUCACUUUGCGCCACAAAUGAAGAAAUUGAAUCGUUAUUAAAAGCCGCAAAUUCUCUUAGUUCUUCAGAAAAAAAAAAUUUAUUAACUACAGGAAAAGACAAAUAUUUACGAAGAUUAAAAAAUAAGUUUAAUAAAAUGAAGGGUAAAGUCUAUACCACAAUUCUUUAUAUUGCACCUGAUUUUGCUAAUCACAUUGUGGCAAUUAUCGCCGAGAAUGAACAACUUGUUCCAUUCAUUGUUGAUGAACAAAACAUUCAACAAAUAUUUGCAACGAUCAUCGAUUAUGAAGAUUUUGACGAUCUUGUUCAUGAAGACCCAACCAACUCCCUUUUAUCGGGAAUCAUGGAUUUUGCAAAUCCCCCAAAAUUGCUAAUAAAAAUAUUCCAUCUGAAAUUAUUGAAUACUUUGAGUAAUACUAAAGAAUUCGUUUUUGAGAACAAAACUCGAAAAUACCUUGAAUCUUUAUUAAACGGAAACGAAAUGGAAAAACCAAUAGAUAACUCAAUCUCUAGCCAUGAUAUGGAGACAUGCAUUCGAACGAUAGAAUUUUUGCACCAUAUUUGGAAACAAAAUAAAUAUAAUGAUCAGCAUCUUAAUUUCAAUGAAUCAACGUAUACAGUUGAUAUGUUCACUUCAAUUAUUAAGAAUUUUUGCAUGGAGGAUAUAGAUUUUAUUACGUUCUGUGGAGAAUUUGAAACAGCAUGCUCUCGUAAUCGUCGACAAGCGUUACAUGAAGGUUUGAAUGACGAAGACAUAGAUGCCACCUCAUUGCAGCCCGAAGCUAACUUUAGUGCUGACGAUGUUACUAUAGAUACGUCCAAAAGAGGGCACAAAAUAGAUGGUGCUGUUGGUAUGCGUAUAAUGGGGCAAAAUCUGAUUGCGUUUUUGGUAGUUGAAUCUAAAAAGCCAGGUGUAGAUUCCGGAAACGAUAAAAAGAAACAACUACAAGAACAGUGUGAUGAGAUGAAUGAAAUCUUUUGUUUCUAUGAAGAUAAUUACAAAAAAUCUCUUACAAAAGAAUUGCUUGAACAAAUUCAUAAUUUAUAUAUUAUUGGCGCAAGGAUUUCAGGCAUCUUGGAUAAAUUAAAUGGAGACGAUCAAUUGGAAAUAACUGUCUAUGACAUCCCAGGAAGUUUGUUAGGUCGUCGUCGUUUGUUAAGACGAAACAUUUACGUGCCAUCAAGAGUUCAGUUAAAACACCAUACCGUCGAUUAUAUUGAAUCAUUGAUGGCAAUUAAAAUGCUACUAAAAGAUCUGAAAUUUCGACUUCAAAGUGUUGAAGAAACUUUGAAUAAGUUGAUUAAUGAAGAUGGUUCAUAUGAUUUAAAGUUUGAGGUUGAUGGUGUUAUUUAA